UAAUUGAAACCAAAAUUCCAAUCAUUCCCAGAGUUCAAGAAAAGGUCCAAAACCAAGUUCAAAACUCGUGAUAUUAUUCUCUGUCUUUCUUUUUUUUUUUCUUUCAAAUCUUCCUUCUUUUAUUUGUUUGGAUCAUUUUUUUUUCCAAACAUUUCUUCGAAUCAGCUUACGGCACACCUCAUCGACAUUAUUUCGAUCAGUUUUUGUCAAAUGAGAAGUAAUCACGACGCGUUCACUCGCCGGAUUCUGACAUUCCCGGCAAUCCGUCCUUGCCAAUCCAUCUCUCCCGCGACCCUUCUUGAUUCUCUCAUCACUCUCUCAUCCAACAUAUCCAAGUACAAAUCGAAAACAUUUUUUUCCAACAAUCGAAAUGCUAGACAAUCGAUUCUCUUAGUAGAGGUCCUCUCAAUCUUCUUCCAAGAAAUCCAUGAGAACCAGUCUUGUCUCUCUGAUUCCUCUGUUUUGAGCUUAUCUGAGCUCCACUUCAUUUUCCAAAAACUCCAAUUCCUAUUGGACGAUUGCGCCCGCGAGGGCGCUAGGCUAUGGAUUCUAAUGGAAUCCGAUCACGUGGCCAGUCACUUUCGGAUUCUAAUAAGAGCGGUGGCGACGGCGCUUGAUGUUCUUCCUCUGUUUUCAAUCCAUGUUUCGAUCGAAACCAAAGAAUCGACUCAGCUUGUAAUGAAACAAGCCUUGAAGUUAAAAUUCGAGGUUGACCCAGUUGAUGAAUCGGCUUCGAAUGACGUACUUUCGAUCUUGAGCCAAUUCAAGAAAAGAAUCGUUCCAGAUUCGAGUGAUCUGAGGCGGGUUCUUAAACAUUUGGCUAUCAGAAGCUGGAGCGAGUGCCAAAAAGAGAUCAAGUUCUUGGAAUCCGAAGCGGAUGUCGAGCAAUUGACAUCAGAAAAGAGGGAUUUGUCGCUUUUAUUCAGUCUAAUUGGGUUCAUGACAUACUGCCGUGGCGUAUUAUUCGACUCCAUUGACAAGAAAAAUGACAGCUCUUAUAGUAGUAGUGAUGUAAUCAGGCACCUGAAUUGUGAAGAUUUCAAGUGCCCAAUCUCUCUUGAAAUCAUGUCCGAUCCUGUGACCAUCCAAACAGGCCACACCUACGAUCGGUCGUCCAUUCUGAAAUGGUUUAAAUCCAGAAAUCCCACUUGUCCCAAGACAGGAGAGAAGCUCAAGAGCAAAGAUAUGGUCCCCAAUUUGGCCUUAAAGCAGCUGAUUUCGCAAUACUGUUGCGAAAAUGGCAUUCCGUUUAAUGAAAAGAGAGCCAGAAGAAACAUAACGAUGACGGUUAUAGCUGGGAGUAUAGCUGCGGAGGAAUCCGUGAAAAUGCUUGCAAAUUUUCUUGUCGGUAAGCUCGAACACGGGUCAGGUGAAGAGAGAAACAAAGCAGCUUUCGAGAUUCGGGUUCUGACCAAAUCAAGCAUUUUUAACAGGUCUUGUUUGGCAGAUUCAGGAGCAAUUCCACAUUUACUCAAUCUGCUUUCUUCAACAAGUUCAUCAACCCAGGAGAACUCUAUGGCAGCCGUUUUCAACCUUUCGAGGCAUUCAACGAGCAAAACAAUCAUAGUUCAAUACAGUGGUGUGGAAUCUAUAGUGGUAGUUUUACAGAAGGGGCUGAAAAUGGAAGCUAAGCAGCAUGCGGCCGGGACCCUCUUUUACCUUGCUUCGGUGGAGGAGUACCGGAUUUUGAUCGGUGAAACACCGGGGGCUAUUUCUGGUUUAAUGGAAUUACUCAGGGAUGGGAGUGAGAGGGGGAAAAAGAAUGCAUUGGUUGCUAUUUUUGGGCUCCUUAUGUAUUCUGGCAACCACUGGAGAGUUCUUUCUUCUGGGUUAGUCCCAUUGGUAGCUAAUCUUUUGAAAUCGUUCGAAAGGGAAGAUCUUGUUACUGAUUCUCUAGCAGUUUUAGGUACAAUAGCUGAGAAGCAAGAUGGGGCGAUUGCGAUUUUGAGAAGUGGGAUUUUGCCUUUAGUUGUGGAGAUUUUGAAUUCCUCAAGUUCAAAAGCAGGAAAGGAGUAUUGUGUUGCUUUGUUGUUGGCUCUUUGUGUCAAUGGAGGUGGAGAUGAGGUUCUGAUUUUAGCAAAGAACCCUUCUAUAAUGGCUGCAUUGUAUUCUCUACUUGCGGAAGGGACGUCACGUGGUAGUAAGAAGGCAAGUUCGCUCAUCAGACUUCUCCAUGAAUUCCACGAAAGAAGCUCCUUCUCCGUCUUGAUCGCUAACACAGAUUUUCCUCGUGAUCGAUUUGUCCAUGUUUGGUAAUUCAAAAUUAUUUGAUUCUUCUUUAAUUUCUAAGCAUCCCAUGCCUGUGAAUAUAUAGGUCUAGUGAGGGAUGCUUGGUUUGUUUUUGGUUGAUGUUUGUGAAAUUAGCUCAGUUUUUUCAAGAGCUAAUUCACUCGUCGUGCAGCUUCUGUGUUUUUUUGAAGUAUGCACAAGACACAGUUGUAUCAUGAUUUGUUUUUUGUCUUUUGGAUAACAAUAAGACAGUGUCAUAGAUUAAAAUGCCACUGAAUAAAAAUGUUUUAUCCUCUGAAA